AUGACAAGACAAAGAAAGAUUUUGAAUUAUUACCUUAUACUUCAAGAAAAUGCUAAAGAGUUUCCUCCACGUUUGGCAAUUGCUGUAGGACAUGAGGCAGAUAAAUAUGGAGGGGGGAAGUCUUUGGAUGUUGGGGAUUGGAUUAGUUUUUUGCCUAUAAUGCUUGAUUGUUAUACCUAUCCAGUUCUGUUUGCCUUACAUUGCCCAUCUUCCAAUACAAUUUCUAACAAAAAAUUGAAAUUGUUCAAGGAACCGGAGGGAGACGUGAGUAUUCUCAUAUCGGAGGAGUUCAACUGGGUUCCUCAACUGAGUUCCGGCCCUAUAACUCAAUAUAAAUUGACCUUAAAAAUUACCGAGGAAUAUUUAGCCUAUAUUCAUGCAGCAGACAACACUAACAACAAUAAUUGCCGUUUGCCUGUGCUUGGGUUGCUCGUUGACCCUUUCAAUUGUUCAAAAAACUUGUUGAAUAAACUGGGGCAUCUAGUCACGAUAGAAAUACGCCCUCAAUGGCAUAUGGAAAAAGGAGUGGUUAUCUGGACGGCUUUGAAUAGUUGUGAAAAUUCAAAAGUGCCGAUUUUGGAAACGAAAAAAUGUUUUAGAGAUACUGCGUCAGUUGAUAAUUUUGCAAUUAAUAACAACGACAACUUUACCAACAAUUUCUCACCUUUAACCGGGCCCAAUAAAUUAUCGCUAGGAUCAAAAAGGAUUUUAGCAGCCUAUUUUACUUACAAAUGUUCAACUAAUUGUUUUGUAUUUUUUGAAUUCUGCGAGAUAACGAAUACUUUUAGUAGUAGACAUGAUAUUCCUUUACAGCCUAAAGCAACUAGAAAUAUUACAAUUGGUGAUUGGUAUUAUAUUGACUUUGAAUGUAUUUCAAAUAAAUCAGAACCAGUUAAUGUCACCUCAAUUAGGCCAACAUCGCCGCGUAUAGAAACGCGUGUUAGGCAUAAUAUUUGUGCUCAAUUUUGCGGAGGAGGGUUUGCAAUAGUUAAAUGUUGGCAUUGUUCUGAUCAAUUUUGUGCUGGCAGUCAAUUCUAUUCGGAUCCCGACAAAAUUUGGUGGCCUGAUCUUUGUGUCAAAUGUUUUCCAAAGGAGGGAACAACAAAUACUUCCCCAUUAAAUGAAGUAAUUAAAAUAACAACAAAACGUUCCUCCUUCCCACAUCCUUCUAAUAAUAAUAAUAAUUUUUCCAAGUCUGAUACAAACUUGAAAAAUUAUUCACCAAAAUCAUCAUUGUAUCUCUCAGGAGAUAUGGGCAAUACACACUUCCGUCCAUAUUCUCACUUAAGCAGCUCUUCAUCACACAAAAGCAAUUGUGGUAGUUCAACAAUUUCAUCCUUCUCAACAACACAUUCUAAAAAUACAAAUAUUAAUUUUAAUAAAUCAAAUGAAUCAAUUGUUAAAAAUAGAAGAUUUUCAAUUAGAGAGCAGGAACGAAGAGAAAAAUUGGAACAACGCGAAAGGCUUGAUAAACUUGCAGAAUUGCUAGAAAAUAGAGAGAAAGCUAGUUAUGAGGAAUUUAAGGCAUUAAGAAGUACAAAACCUCCAAAAUGCAGUAGUAGCCGUAGCAGUAUUUUUUCUAAUGGAUACCGUCAAUCUCAACAAGAGAAGCAACAUAAUAAAAACUUUAAUAUUCAAACUAGUAGCCGAACAACAUACACAGGUAAUAAUACAACUACUUAUGGACAAUUUAUUCAUCAACAAAACAUUCCUCAAGAAAAACAACAAAACAUUCAUCAAAACAUUUAUUUAGAUACACGACAUAAUAAACAAAACAUUAACAAAAACAUAGAAGAUAAUGUUUGUCAAAAUGUUCGUCACAACAUUCAACAAAACAUUCAACAAAACACACGUCAAAACAUUCACCAAAACAUUACAAACAAUGAACAAGAAUAUUUCCAUCAAAACAUUAAACUAAACAAACAACAACACAUUAAUAAAAACAAAGAAGAAAAUGUUUUUAAAAACAAGCAACAAAAUAAACAACCUAAACCAGUUAAUAAAUGUUUUAGUGUUCAAAAGAAAUAUAUAGAAAAUUCAACAACAACAAGUAGUAGUACUUUAAAAAUAAAUAAUGUUGAAGUUGACGAACAAAACAACAACAAUGAUGUUUAUUCAAGCAAUAAUAGUUUGUUGAAUGAAACAUUAGAAAUUAGAACGAGUGAAAGUUCGGAUGAUAAUAAUGAACAACAUAAGCAAAAACAACAACCAUUUUUUGGUGAUAAUUUUAAUCAUCAAAAAGCAGAAAUUGAGAUAUUAGAUGAAAAUUUAAGUGGGCCAAAAAAAUUAAAAAAUAAUAAUGAAUUGGAAAAACUUUUUUUUGGUUGA